AUGUUCCACACUUUGGAUAGCUUCGAUACCGAAUUUUCUGCCGACUCUGUCGAAUGGUGCCCAGCAAAUCCCUUCAGAGAUAUAUUUGUAUGCGGAACGUAUCAAUUAACAAAAGACAGUGAAACAACAUCGGAUAAAUCGGAAUCAUUAAAACGCUUAGGACGAAUGUAUAUGUUUCGAGUCGUAGACAAUGGACGUCUGGUACUGUUACAAAAGCUAGAAGUCCCUGCUGUGUUAGACACGAAAUGGGCACACGUUACGUAUCAAAAUAAAAUUUUACUUGGCGUUGUGAAUUCUAUAGGCUACUUGCAAGUUUAUCAAUUAAAAAUCAUCGAAGAGAAGGAAACUUUGGAAUUAUUAACGGAGAAGAAAAUUUCCCAUAGCGACGACGAAGUUCUCGUCUUAUCUUUAGACUGGUGUUCCGGAAGAUGGAUGGAUAACAACGAAUCGAAUCCAAAAAUUGUAGUUAGCGAUUCGAAAGGUUUUAUAUCGUUAUUCGAAAUAAAUGAAAACGAACUUAACGAAAUUAAUUCAUGGUCCGCGCACGCAUUCGAAGCUUGGAUCGCAGCUUUCGAUUACUGGGAUACGAACGUCAUAUACACGGGCGGCGACGACUGUAAAUUCCAACGUUUCGAUACGAGAGUAGGAAGUGAAUCCACCGCGUUAAGCAAAAUUCAUGGCGCCGGUGUUACGAGCAUUCAUAGUAAUGCGACAAAAGAGUUUUUAUUAUCGUCUGGAAGUUACGACGAAACGUUGAGAUUAUGGGAUACAAGAAACAUAAAACGACCCGUUUCGGAAACCGAUCUUGGCGGUGGUGUGUGGCGUUUGAAAUGGGAUCCAUUCAAGAGAAACUAUUUACUCGCCGCUUGCAUGUAUGGCGGAUUUCGAAUAAUCAACUGCGAGAGAACAGAUGCACCGUCUGUCGUUAGCGAAUACAACGAGCACGAAAGUAUAGCGUACGGAUGCGAUUGGUCCUUUUUAAACAGCGCAGAAAUUGUAAAACGAAUACCCAAAAUGGAAGCAGGAAACGUUUCUUUGAUUGGUACCUGCUCCUUCUACGAUCACGUUUUAAAAUUGUCCGCAACACAUUUAGGGGAUUACUAA